CAGAAUGGGGGCUGCUGUUGACCUUGGAGUUGUGUGGCUGGCUGAUUAUACCCAGGGGAAGCUGCAUCCUCUACAGAAUGACUCUGCCUGUAAGACCUGGGUCUCCCGUGCCACUGGUGGCUCUGAGAGUUAAUGCCUCCUAUGCUGGCUGCUAUGUCAUAGAGGUUCCCCCAGCCCAGAACGGGGAGUGGAGUUCUCGUCCCAAUUUCGAAGAAGGCCUGAAUGUGCUGACUCUUCCUCAGAACAGCAAUUACAUGAUGGAGGUCGGGAGUGAGGGGAUGGACGCCGCAGGGCAGAAGAUUCUGUGGGAAGGGAAGGUGCUCAGGUGCCAUGACAGAUCCAAGGGUUUGGGUCUGUGGUCACCUAUGCAAAUUGCUCUGGAUGCUCCAAGCCCCAGUCUCCGCAGUGCUGUCCAGAGCCCAGACAGGCUAGCCUCUGCUUCUCCACUCAUCAACCAAAGAGACUGCGAAGGGCUAGGCUGCUGCUACAACCCCAGUAACAGGAUGAAUCCCUGUUACUAUGGCAACACAGAUGGCUGGAGACCAGGGUGUGUGCCACCAGCUCAUUCUCAUCGACAGGGAUGUGAGAACCUGGAGUCAGGGCUCUGUCACUUCGGACAGCACCUUCAGGUAACCUGGUGGAGGUCUGGAUCCUGCAGAGAACUGACCCAGAUCUGGUUCUGCACCACUGAUGGGCCACUCCCAGUGCCAACCCCCAGCAGCAGCUGCAGUGGCCGAUCCUGGUGGACAGGUGCCUGUACACAGGAGACAACUACCGCACCCAGCUGGUGCCUGUGGGAACCGCCUCGGGGCUGCAGUUCCCCUCUCACCACCAGCGCUUCAUUGUCAGCAACUUCACCUUCAUGGAGUCUGCCUUCCAGCGGGUGCUCACAGGGCCAGUAUGGCUUCUGAACAAUACAGGGUCCUUCCACCUAUCCCCUCCAGCCCCUGAGCUAGGGAGGGAAACUGGCUCUAAAAAGCCAAGCUUGACUGCCAGCAACUAGAGGAAGAACCAUUCUCUUGCUUGCCGCAGUGGAUACCUGGGUAACUCCCAGAAAUCCGUAGGAUGGGCCCUACCUUGGAGAUAGCCCUGCACAUCAAGCAUUGUGCCUGUCUCUGUUCUAAGACCUCAGGCACACGGCAUGCCGUGGGAGUCUCAUGAUGCACCAUCCCACUUGGACAGAGGGGAGACUGCAGUGCAUCAUGGGAGAGCCAGGAGAGCUCAGCCCACAGGAGGAAGGUGUUUGAGCUACGACUCCCAUGAGGCAAUGCAGCACCACAGGAAAAUACAGCUUCUGUUUGAAUCGAAGCAAUCUCCUGAUUCACUUUUCCAGCACAAAUCUCCAAUUUUGCAGGAAUUGCCCUUCUUGUCCCCAGUGCUGCUCCGGGCCAGCUCUGAUACUCCCAGCCUAACCUGCUGUUUCAGCCCAGCCCCCGGUAUUGCUCGUGUCCAGUCUCUCCAUCCCUUUGAAUGGGUUUAGGUCUCGUUUAUCUGCAGGGUGAGAUUUCUCCAGUUCUGCCAUGAGGCCAAGUCCUGCUCGGGUGAGACCCCAACUCUGUGCUGCUUCCUUGCCUACAAGGGGGGGAGGGGAUGGGGACCCUGCAAUGCAUUGACCUUGCUGCUCUGACCCCUGCAAGGCACUCAGCAUAGCCGUAAUAGGGCUUCCUCCAACUCCUGAAUGCACACAUGGGUGCCUACACCUUUUGGGGCUCCUGGUGCAUGGAUACAAAGGCAACCUCCAACCCUGCUACACUUGCCCCAAGGUGGUUGCUUCUGAACUUCAAGAGCUCCAGGCCCUAACUCAUGCCCUCUCCUCUAGGUGUACCUGCACUGCACCACUUCCAUGUGCUGGCCCUCCAGCCUAUAGCCUGUGAGUGUCCUGGCCCCUCUGCCUCCCCUUCUCUCUGUGGGAUGGGAUAAGAGAGCCUGGCAGGAAUCAGCUGUCUCUCUGGAACUGGGUCUGAGAAACCCGGGAGUGGGGUCCUCCUCUUCUCCUUCCUGCCAUGAAACUGGCUUCCGGGCACAGACUUCCUCUAAUACUGGGGGUAACAUCGUUCUUGCAGUGAGCAGCUCCAUCUCCCAGAGCCUCUUUGAGAAGUCCAAAUUCAGCCUCAUCCUAAGGGAAAAGGACAUGUACUCCUCAAUCCCUGAACAAUGUGGAGUGUCCGGGCUAUGGAAGGUGGGGAGUGCUAGGCAAUGUGGGUCUCCUGAAGCAGAGACCUGGUGGUGUGGGAGUACAGGUUUCUUGUCUGUGCCUUGCAAUUAAACUCUUGCUGGCCUUAUGGGGGGCAGGAGGAGUUCCAAGCAGCACUCUCAGGAUGGGCUCUCCCCCAUCACCAGCCGGGGGGCUGAUAGAUUCCUCCAGGACUGGAUGAGGAGAAGCUGCUGUGGAUGGAUAGGGUGAGUAUCUGAGCCUUGGUGUAACUGUAGUCUGAAGCUGACCUUGUCCCUGAGCCUGGUGUGAGCUGCCCAGUGGUAGAAAUUCCCUUCAAGGGAACCGUACAUGCUGCUGGGCAAUCGAACAAGGGCACUAAGCCAGGGCAACAACUUGUGUACUGGGUGACUCCGCAUUUCAGGCUGCAUUCUGGGUGUUGUGGUCACAUCUGAAAUAGCAUCUGCUGCCUCAUCUACAGCUGCCACAUUCUCCAGCACCUGGGCAGGGUGGGAGUCUGCCAUGAGCAGGAAAGGGCUGGCAGUGGGAGAGAGAGGAUUCCUGUUCCUCCUACCCCUCCCUGGGCCGUGCAGACUGGGUGUAUGGCUAAUAACUGCUUUGUCUCCGUCCUGCACGCUUGUCUCAGAGCACCCUGGACUGCAGCUUGGCCCAGCGCAGCAGUUGGGGGUGGGGGCGGGCCUGUCCAUGUCACUCCUGGUAACUGCAUGGUGGAGAUGGAGGAGAAAUGCAGCUUGUGAAACCAGAAUCUUGAAUUAAAACCAUUCCAGACAUACUGUUUCUCUGGCUCUUCUCUGCCCAGCUCUGCAGUCUCCCCGUGAGAAGGGGAGAACGAACCUGAGAUGGGUGUGGGUGGAGCAACGGGCAAAAUCCCUGCUAGACACAUUUAUGGAAGCUUUCCCUCUACUC